GGAAAUGCGUCAGUGACGGGCGGAAGUGUAUGAGGUGGACUGGGUGGCUCCCGUAUUUUGGCCUGAGGGAAGUUUAUCGGGGUUGAUGGAAGAAAUGUCGGGAGAGAGUGUGGUUAGUACUGUGGUGCCAGCAGCUACAACCAGGACCACCUCAUUUAAGUGUGCCAGCACCAGUUCAAAGUAUGUGAAGCUGAAUGUGGGUGGUGCACUGUACUACACAACCAUGCAGACACUCACCAAGCAAGACACAAUGCUCAAAGCAAUGUUCAGUGGGAGAAUGGAAGUAUUAACAGACAGUGAAGGUUGGAUUCUAAUUGAUCGAUGUGGCAAACAUUUUGGGACGAUAUUAAACUACCUGCGUGAUGGAGCUGUUCCUCUUCCAGAAAGCCGGAGAGAAAUUGAGGAACUCUUGGCAGAAGCAAAGUAUUACUUGGUGCAAGGGCUGGCAGAUGAGUGUCAGGCAUCUCUCCAGCAGAAUAAAGAUGUGUAUGAACCUUUCUGCAAAGUUCCUGUUAUCACAUCCUCAAAGGAGGAGCAGAAGCUUAUUGCCACAUCCAAUAAGCCAGCAGUCAAGUUGCUUUACAACAGAAGCAAUAAUAAGUACUCGUACACCAGCAAUUCUGAUGACAACAUGCUGAAGAACAUUGAGCUGUUUGAUAAGUUGUCUUUACGAUUUAAUGGGAGGGUUUUAUUUAUUAAAGACGUAAUUGGAGAUGAGAUCUGCUGCUGGUCAUUCUAUGGUCAAGGUCGAAAAAUUGCAGAGGUGUGCUGCACAUCCAUUGUAUAUGCAACAGAGAAAAAGCAAACCAAGGUGGAGUUUCCAGAGGCCAGGAUCUAUGAAGAGACUCUUAACAUUCUGCUAUAUGAGGCACAAGAUGGACGGGGACCAGACAAUGCUCUGUUGGAAGCCACGGGAGGAGCAGCAGGUCGUUCCCAUCACCUAGAUGAUGAUGAUGAACGGGAUCGCAUUGAGAGAGUUAGGCGCAUCCACAUCAAAAGGCCAGAUGACAGAGCACAUCUUCACCAGUAGGGCAUUUCUCAUCCAUGUUCAUUGCAAUUUGUCCGUCCACAAGAUCUGUCUACUUUCUCUAAGCCCAAACCCAUGUGGGAAAAGAAAGUCGGUUGAGGUGGUAACGUACUUGGAAGUUAAGUCCUGCCUCAACUGUUACACUUUAUGGUGAUUUAUUCAAAUCAUGUUGAAGGGACAAUGAGUUUUGAAUGUUUGUUUGUGUGGGGAUUUCCUCAGUCCUAAGUUAGUGCUGGUUGCAUAGUUGUACACCAAUGAA